AUGGCGCAGGUAGCAGAAGUGUCGCGGGCGCUGGAGAAUGAGUUGUUCCGCAGCAAGUACCGCCGCAUCAAGUUGAUCGGCAAAGGCAGCUUCGGUGAGGCAGUGCUCGUCCGCUCGAAGUCGGAUGGCAAGCGCUACGUGGCCAAGGCAAUCGACUCUGCCUCGAUGACGUCCAAGGAGCGGCGUGAUGUGCAGAAUGAGAUUCGCAUUCUAGCCGCCGUUGACCACCCCAAUAUCAUUCGCUACCACGAGCACUUCGAGGAUGACAGCCUCAUCUUCAUUAUCAUGGAAUACGCCGACGGAGGUGACUUGAGCUCACGUAUAAAGGAGGCAAAGAAUCAGGACGUGCCUCAGCCCUUCGACCCGAAUUUGGCGAUGUUCUGGUUUCUGCAAAUUUGUAUGGCGCUCAAGUACCUGCACGACAACCACAUCCUUCACCGAGACCUCAAGACUGCCAACAUAUUCCUCACCUCCAAGAACGUGGUGAAACUCGGCGACUUCGGUAUUUCUACGGUUCUGCAGAACACGAUGGCAUGUGCUAAGACAGUGUGCGGGACCCCCUACUACUUCUCGCCCGAGCUCUGCCAAAGCAAGCCAUACAACAACAAGAGUGAUGUGUGGGCCCUCGGUGUCGUCUUCUACGAGACACUCACCCUGCACCGCCCCUUCAAUGCCAAGACGCUGAAGGAUUUGCUUAAAAAGAUCUUAGCGGGUUGCUACGACCCAAUCCCCACCACGAUUCCGGUAGAGAUGCGCUCGCUGUGCGCCAGCCUACUGCAGGUGAACUAUAUGCAGCGUCCCAGCAUCAACCGCAUCUUGGAGAGCUCCUACGUGCAAGGCGCCCUGCGCAGCUUCAGUGAUGACUUGGCCCGCCAGGUGGAGAAGGACCGAAACGAAUUCGAAGCGAAGCAGCUUAGCGAGCGCGAGAACCCGGCUCACCCACCCCAGCCGAAGGAAGGAGCGACAAAGGUGACACAGGCGCCGGCGAAACCGCAGCUCAGCGAGCGUGAACAGAUGGCGAUGCUGCGCGGCAUGGACCGCGAGAAGAUGAAGGCAAUGCUGGCGAAGCAGGCAGCUGAGGAAAAGUCUAUGCCGAUAACCACAGCGGCACCAGAGGAGGUGAGUCAUCCCGACGUAGAUGAUGACGGCGACUACAUUGAGCAGAAGAGGGCCAUUGUGAAACAAAGCAAGGACAUUGUCGGCAAGUCAAACCUUGGCGGGCACCCAGAGGAGUUCGGCGAUGGUCCCAUCGGCAGUGCCCCACAGAUGGAGACGAUCACGAUGUCGAACGGACAAACGGUCUUGGCCUCCGGCGCACGUUGCCAUCUGGAGAAGGAGAUGGGCGCUGAGCUGCUGGAUCGCGCUGUUGAGCUUUACAACACUGGUAUGAUGAACGGCCUCUCCAACGCGGAGAUGCAGCACGAGCUUAACGAACUCGUAGGAGUGAAGUUUGCGCACCACUCAAACGCCAUCACGAAGCUGGCGGUCUGGGAAGGGAAGCAGAAGGUCAUUGGCGCCUAG